AUGAAGUUCAACGUUGUCUUCGGCCUGGCUGCCGCUCUCGCUCUGGCUCCCAAUGCCGUCGCCUUGAACCUGUUCGGCGCCCGGCAGGAUGCCACUCCCACCUCCGGUGCUCAGCCCUCCGGCACUGUGCCCAGCGGUCUCCCCCAGGGCUCCAGCAGUGGAUCCGAGGGUGGUUUCGGUGGUGGUUUCGGUGGUGGUGCCCAGGAGUCUGGUCGUCCCCAGGCCUCCGGUGCCGUUCCCUCUGGCGUUUCUAGCGGCUCCCAGCCCAGCGGUAGCUUCGGCCAGGGCGGUCACCACGGUCACGGUGGCCAAGGCGGUUUCCCUUCAGGAGGCGCUCAGCCCUCUGGUAGCUUCGGUGGCUCCGGCCAGGGUGGCGAGGGCGGUGCUGCCCCUACUACUGCCCCCUCCGGUACUUUUGGUGGCUCCAGCGGCCAAGAGUCAGGCUUCAUCACUGUCUCCGGCGCUCUCCCUACUGGCUCGGCCACUGCCGAGUCUGGCAGCUCCUCCGAGAGCAACCAGCAGUUUGAGCGCGUCCAUGCCCGCCAGAUCCGCCCAUUCUAA